AUGUCUGAGCAUUUACAAGAAGGAUUCGAUCCCAAAAGUCUUAAAGUUGCCCAAUUGAGGAAUAUCCUCAAUCUACACAAUAUAGAAUAUCCAUCCAACGCCAAAAAACAACAAUUGGUAGAUUUAUUUCAUGAGAAUAUUACACCUAAGUCUGGUGAGUUAUUAAGGGAUUAUAAUGAGAGAGCGAAUAAAAUUAGUGGAGAAGGGAUUGUGAAUAUGGGAGGAAGUGGUCUGGUGAUGAAGGAGAAUGAGAUUAUUUCUAUUGAUGACGAGGAUGAGGAUUAUGAAGAAGAGAAGGAAAGUAAGUCACAGCCUUUGAAGAAGGUUAGAAAAAGCAGUAGAUCAACCACUCCAAAUGUUGAGUCUAAACCAGCGUCAAGGAAAGGUUCUCGAAAGGUCUCCAGAACAUCUAGAAAAUCUUCGAAAUUAUCCGAGAAUCAAGAAAGCGAAGCUGAUAAACUUGAAGAAAGUCCAAAACAAGACAAAUCAAAAACUAAAAAACUACAUCAAUCAGAAAUCAACAUAAAUAGUAGUCCAUUCAGUUCUGAAAAUGUCUUUCAAGCAUCAUCUGAUUCAGGAAAGAAAAGGAAAUUUAUUGAUAUAGAUUCGAUUUUUGAAAAGGAUAACACGAAGAAAAGAUCUAGAUCUCCUGUGAAAUCGAUUUUUGAUGAUAGUUCUGAUGGUUCAGAUAUUGAGGUGUUGCCAUUUAUGGGUGAUUUCACCAAGAUAAACGAGUCAAAAAAGAAGGAAUCAUCUUCCAGGGCCACUCCAGUGAAGAGUGGUAGUUCAUCUAAAAAGACUCCUGUAAAGACUGUUUCGGAUAAAGACAUUCCAACUAAGGCUGCUUCAGCUAAGAACACUCCAGCUAAGAGUGCUCCAGUUGAGAGUUCUUCAGCUAAGGCUGCUUCAGCGAAGAGUACUCCUGUCAAAGUUACUCCAGCUAAGGUUACUCCUGCUAAGACUACCCCUGCGAAAGCCACACCGGCUACAAGUACACCAGUGAAGGACACUCCGGUCAAGCUUACACCAGUUAAAGCUACUCCAGCGAAAGCCACUCCAGCUAAAAAUACUCCAGUUUCCAAGUCAACAAAAGAAACAACUACCCCAGCCAAGGAAAUCAUCACUCCUAAGAUUCCGAAGAGUGCUCACAAGGAAGAAUCGUCAUCCACCGAUAAACGUACCAGUUCAUCAUCGUCAAAGAAGACCCCUUCUAAAAUCACCAAACCUGCAUCGAAGAAAUCAACUCCAAAGUCAACUUCAAUUUCAAAAUCUUCUCCAUUAUCAAAACCUACUUCUGUGAAAAAGUCAACGCAUAAAACGCAUAAAGCUAGACAAAGUUCAAUUGACGAAUCAUUCAAAUCUAGCGAAGAAGAACGCAAACAUUUUGAUGAAGGUUUACACAAGAUCAAACACAGGGAAGAGGAAGAAGAAGAGCAGCAACAUUCACAAACUCCAUCUAUCCCAAGAGUUAAUGCUGAUUUGAUUAAGGAUAGACUCGGGAUUACAAUUGAAGGAUUUAUCCCACCUUCCAACAUCCCACCUUCCAUGGUUGAUCUUAGAACUCCGAUAAAGAAGAAUAAUGAAUUAGGUAAGAUUGAAAGUCCAAGGCUUUUGAGAAUUCCUUCGGAUUCGGAAAUAUCACUGAAUGUUUCGUCGAUGAGUGGAAAUAAUAAUAGUGUUGUGAAUCAGAAAUUGAAUGAAUUGAAGAUGGCGUCAAUGUUGAGUCCAAAACCGAGAUUGAUUCCUAUUCCUAGUAUUUUAGAAGGUGAAGAUGAUGAUGAAGAGGAAGAAGAGGAUACCUUAGAAGAGGAGGGGGAGAUAUCAAUUGUUCCCAAAAAGAAUACGACGGGAGAUGAAGUCGAAGAUACAAAACAAGGAGAGGCAGUUGAAGAAAUUAUACAAGAAGAACAGGUUGUGAAUAAUAAGCUUCCAACAAAAUCUACAGUUUUUGGCAUACUUUUCACAUUUUUUAUCUGGAUCUUGGUCGUUUCUGUAGGAUUUUUGGGUUAUUGGUAUCAUGAACAACAAUAUCUUGUCGGAUAUUGUGGUCAAGAGAUCUAUGAACGGACAUUCCCCGAUACUGAUAGCUAUAUCAUUGCUCUGCUUGGUGAAUAUUUAGAUCUGCAUUGUCGACCAAGAUGCAUACCUUGUCCUCCUCAUGCCAGAUGUUUCCCUAGGCUUGAACUUGGAUGUUAUGAAGAUUUCAUCGAAUAUAAACCAUGGAAUGGGUUUUUGUUUCCUGGAAACAAGAAAUGUGUUCCUGAUUCUAAAAAAGCGGAAAAGUUGGAGAUUAUGAUUGAUGUUGCAUUGGAUUUAUUGAGAAGUAAGAAUUCACAAAUUAAUUGUGGGAAGGGGGAAAGUAUUGAAGAAAGUGGGAUUGGAGUGGAUGAAUUACAUGAUUUGUUGUUGAGUAUGAAGGCUCCAUAUAUUACCUUAGAAGAAUUUGAGGAAUUAUGGGCAAGAUCGGUGAUUGAGUUGGAGAAGGAACCUGAUAUAAUUGUAAGGCAAACGGGAUAUUCAAGUUUAUCAAACCAAGAAUUCGUUAUUAACCCUAACGACCCAGACUUCGGCUUGGAGGCCGCGAAAGAAUACAAAACGAUUCUUCGAUCAACGUCCUUAUCGAACAUUAGUUUAAAAUGUCAAAUCAAGAAUAGUUUAAUUGGAGGAAUUGUACAAUUUAAAUAUCAUAUUUCCAUCAUUUUCCUUGCAUUUAUAUUAAUUAAAUUGAUUCAAUAUAAAUAUAAUCAAUAUCAAUUAUAUUUAAUCAAGAUUGAUAUAUUAUAUAGAGAAGUCAUUAAGAAAUUAGUAAAUCAAUUGAAAUUAUCUCAAUCAAAUAAUACCAUUCAACCAUAUAUAGGAUCAAAUCAAUUACGUGAUUUAAUUUUGGAACAUGAAAAUAAUUUAUCGGUUAGAAUUCAAAUUUGGGAUGAUGUGAGUUCAAAGGUUGAAAAUAAUACUAAUGUCAGUUCACAAGUGUUGGAACAUCAUGGAGAGAUUAUGAAAGUCUGGCAAUGGAUCGGAGGUGAUGUUGAAUUGUAA